GAAAACCCGUCUGAGUGUAAUCAAUGAUUGCAGAUUAUAACAAGCGUAUCGGACCCGGAUAACGACUGGCACUCGUUGUAUGCUUUAUUGACGGUAGUUGUUUAUCUGACGGUGACUGGGGGGUGACCCUGACAGACAGCUACUCGAGACAAACGGUCACCGCGAGUCGCACAUCAGUGGCAGCUCUCGCCCCCACAGACAAACCAUUCAAUGCGAGCAAAGUGUCAGGUAGUGGGACCGCAGGGGACGUGUGGGAUGUAACAGGAGAAAUGUUAGCCAGCUUUUGUUACAUUUAAUGGGGGAAAAAGCUGCUUCGAUAUAAACGAGCGGUGCGGACAGCUGACCGUAUGCUACUGUAUCUGUUGUAGCUACGUUAAUUUGCUGGUCAGCAGCCAGCUAACUUUAGCCUUGUCAGUCUGUGGUCAGGGCCUCUUGUUUCUGCCUCUUGUCACCUGCGCUUCGGGAAAUUCAAGGGCCAUGGAUUUCCCGGGCCACUUCGAGCAGAUCUUCCAGCAGCUCAACUAUCAGCGUGUCCACGGACAGCUGUGGGACUGCGUCAUCGUGGUGGGCAGCAGACACUUCAAGGCCCACCGCUCGGUGCUGGCAGCCUGCAGCACCCACUUCAGAGCCCUGUUCACGGUCGCAGAGGGAGAUGCGAGCAUGAACAUGAUCCAGUUGGACAGCGAGGUGGUGACAGCUGAAGCGUUUGCAGCUUUGGUGGACAUGAUGUAUACCUCAACACUGAUGCUGGGGGAGAGCAACGUCAUGGAUAUCCUCCUCGCAGCCUCACACCUGCACCUCAACAAUGUAGUCAAGGCCUGCAAACACUACCUGACCACGCGCACCCUGCCUAUGUCCCCCUCAUCCGACAGACCCACCCAUCACCACCCUCAGCUGGAGCAGCAGAGGCACAGGCAGCAGCAGCAGCAGCAGCAGCAGCAACAAGUCGCAGAUUUGACAGUGAACCCUACUCUAGCAGCUAAUGCUAACCUCGCGGCCAACGCUGCCACAUCAAAGUUGCAGCGCUCCUUCCUCCUGCAGCAGCUGGGGCUCAGCUUGGUGAGCUCCGCUUUGGGCGGGAUGGAGGAGGACGGAGUUGGAAAUGGAGGUGGCGGCAGAGUGGUCGAACAGAGAGCCUCCUUCCCAAUCCGACGCUUCCACAAGCGUAAGCCCUCUUUGGCCUUAGGGCUGUCAGAGGAGAGACCCAGGCAGAGGCAGCGCCCCUCUGCCCCUAACCUGGGGCUGUUAGGAGAAGAAGCAGUGAACGCAGAGCGAGAAGAAGGAGCAUUGCUCUCCCCAGACUCCCACAAGAUGGGGGAUGAAUCCAAAUUGGAUGCUGCAAUCACUGGCCUGGUAGGGGUGUCCCAAGAUGAUCCUCAAAUGCCCAGCCAGUCAGACAGUGGACAUUGUGAGGGGGAGGACUUGGGGAGAAUGCAGGGAGGGGUGAGGAAGGAGGAGGACAUGGAAGACCAGGAACACCCGGUCAACAGAGCAGGGGUGAAGAUCAAAUCUGGGGAAGAGGAGGAGGAGGCAGAAGAACAGGAACAGAAGGUGGUGGUAAAAUGCGAGCCGCUCAGUUCGCCGGAGCCGACUGAUGAAAUCAGUGAUGUGACAUCGCAGGCUGAAGGCAGCGACCCAGCAGAGCCAGGAGGCCGGGAGGAGGAGGAGAAAGCAGAGCUGAGCCCAGAGAGCAGUGACCACAGCUUCACCUCUGAACCCCAACCCAGCUCCGACUCCCUGUUGCAGCCCAGCUCCCAGCUACUCCUCAAGAGCAGCAUGGGAGGAGGCGCCGGAGUCGGAGGAGGUUUUGGGUGUAGUAGCGGACUGGGUGGCAAACCUGGUUUUAGUAUUUCUAGCUUCCUCAGCCCGAAGGAUUUCGGAAGUGGGGCAGGGUUGGUUGCCGGAGAGGAUGACCUCCCCAACACAACAACUGGCGAUUCAGCUGGACAUCACUUCCUGCUCAGACAGGAAGCUGCCGGGCCAUCUGGCUCUGCUUCUUCCUCUCUUCUGAAGUCAAGCCCACGCGGCAGCGAGAGUCGCAACAGUUUUGGAGACAACCUACAAGCUGAUUCCCUAUUCCUCCGCCCACUCCAUGAUGGCUUAGGGAACCCUAGGGGAAAUGGGGGAGGUGGGGUCGGAGGGCGUGGCGGGGUAGAUCCUUUUGGUUUGGACUUUCAGCGCUCCAGUCUUGGGCUUCACUCCAUGGGGAGACCAACGCGAGGAGCAGGGGGAGCCACUGCCGCUGCUCUUGGGUACCCAGGUUACAGACGUAUUGCUCCAAAAAUGACCACCGGCAUGGGAGGAGAAGAAGGUGGUGUUCUCCAGGAUGCCGCCUCUUCCUCCUCCUCGAGUCUGUCAAAUCCUCUGCUUCUAAACAAGAGCGGUGGAUAUGAGAUGAACAACAGCAGGCCCACCUCCCUCCCCCCACAGCUGACCCGCGCUUCAGCAGACGUCCUGUCCAAGUGCAAGAAGGCUCUGUCAGAGCACAACGUCUUGGUGGUGGAGGGAGAUCGGAAAUACGCCUGUAAAAUCUGCUGCAAAACCUUCCUCACCCUGACCGACUGUAAGAAACACAUCCGCGUCCACACAGGAGAGAAACCCUACGCAUGUCUCAAGUGUGGAAAGCGCUUCAGCCAGUCCUCCCACCUGUACAAGCAUUCCAAGACCACCUGUUUGCGCUGGCAGAACAGUAACAUGUCCAAUGCUCUGCUGUAGGCCUGAGGUCACUGCAUCAUAGUGGAGCAGGGCGACAGAUUGAAUACAUUAGGAAUCAGCGAUGGGCUGAAUUUAAAGUCAAAAAUUUUUCUGAAGUUGUGACAGAGCAGCAGGAUCUGAUCAGCUGUUCUGUCCUGAUGACAGACCAAAGAUAGGGAUCUCUCAUCAUGCAUCUUAUUUUCCAGGAGAAACCCACACUGUUAACUCGGCUGAAGUUAUUGACAUGCAAAGCUACCACAUUCGUUGUUAUGGAUUCAUCAUAGAGAGAACUACAGAUAUACACUGUAUACUCUCCCGUUGUAAUCAUGAGUGUAUUAUGAGGAUAUACCAGUUUCCUUGCAUCUCAUGAACCUUGCAUAAUAAGAUCCGAGCCAGUGUAGGCUAUGUUGUCUUUUUAAAAGGCAUCAUACGGGCUCUCUUAUUCAGUGAAAUUUAGAUCUGGUGAGGUGAUCCCUUGAUGCCGAACAUCUGUAGUUAGUGGUAUACUUAGUGGAGCAUAUUUGACAUACUAACACUCUCUGGCAGCUGAGCAGCACCAACAUUUAGAACAAAUAUCAUGUAUAAUAGUGUGUUUAUGUGUAGGGUUUUCAUCGCACAUCUGUGAAACAUGUAGCAGCAUCCCACAUUAGACUGUUGAGUCAUCGUAAUCUUGUGUAUUGACUAUGUCUUUUUCUGUGCAAGGGCACAUAUAGACUGUGGACUAACUGAUUCAGAUGCAGAUCGGGUGCCACAUAUAAUGUCUGUAAGUGGUUGUGUGGUCUUGAUGCUCCACCCUACAGAAAGGUGGGUAGAGUCAGAUGAAGUCCUGUAAGGCGGGCUGAGGUAAUGCUGAAAUCUGUCACUUUUUGCAAAAAAUGGACAAGUGAUAUAAACCAGAUUUUUUUAUUGACUGAAGUGAUGAAAUUUGAAGUGAUAAACAUUGUCGCCUAGGACAGGCAUAGCCCCCCCCCCCCCCCCCCCCAAAAAAAACAGUUCAACAUUAUUCAACAUAUGCAGUGACAGAGUCAAGUCAAAUUUUUUACCUCUAGUUGCCUUUCAGUCCAAGCACCUUUGACGAGCAUGAUCAGAAGUGUUUCUGAGCACAGUUAAAGUUGAGAAUAAGGGUCAGGGUCAGGGUUAGACCACAACCCUAGCCCUGAGUCACUUUGCACUGAUGGAGCCUUCACACUUCCUGUGACUACAAACAUUUAUACAUGUAGUUUGACAGGUUCAAGUUUUGGAGGAAUGGUAAACUUUGAGUUGCUGUGAUCAACCUCUUCCCAAAAUUUGGGCUUGCCAGGUAGAGCUACAAAGUGCUGCAGGAAUGAGUCCUAAAACCUGGAAAUGAGUCAGCACUUUUUGCGCUUCCUGUUUCCUCAUCUAGAAGGAAAUGGGCUUUUUGAACUGGUAUUUGGUUAGAUGCCUGAAAUAUCGUCUGUGCUUAACACAAGCUCAAGAGACUUUCAAAUAUAAAAUACAUUAGUAAAUACCCAACACAUGAAUUUUGAAGCUUCUAUGUGUCUUAAAAAAGUGAUGGCUCAAUGAGACCACAGUGUGUCAUGAUGAAAAUGACUUCACAGCCUUGCCGUGGUGGAUACAGAAGAGUAUCUUGCUAAACAAAACAUUCAAAUAUCAUUCAAAUAUCUUUUUUGUUUUGCCACAGAGGUUAUUUUCUGCAGUAAUCCAAGAUCCAGUGGAAAAUCUCAUUUGCUUUGUGUUGAGGGAACCAGGGCAAUGUCAACGUCCAGGUUGGCCUAUUAAAAAAAAUAAUCUCUGCAGCAUUAUUUUAACCUUAAUAUUAAGUCCCAUUGUUAUGGCGAGCAAUGAAGGAGAGAAAAGUUUCAACUUGCACCAUCUUUGUACUAAAAGCUGGAAACAAAUCUGCAUUCAUGGGCCUUGCGGUCUCUUUUUAAAAAAAAGUACUAUUGAUAUACUACUGCAUUAUAAUGCCAUUUUAAUACCUAGAUAUCUUCACAGGAACAUGCGCUGUAAAUGCACCUUAUUUUGUCUCAUGAUGUGCGAAACUCCAGUUGUAUAAAAUAUGGCAUUCAGCUACUUUGCCUCCUUAUUGGUCACUGACUGGAUACGGCCACAUCAUUUCAGCUGUGGUCAACAAGUGUGCUGACAUCAGUUUCCCUUGUCGCUGGUGUUCCUGUGUGUUCAAUAUGUGUGUUUUAUUAAAAGGGCAAUGAAGUUGUGCUGAGAGGCACAGGCGUCUGAAGCAGACAGUUUGCUGAGGUUCAGCACGGUUUGAAAAGUGCUUUAGAAAUGUAAAUAUCGCACAUUUGUGGUUGGUUUCAUCAUUUUUCUCUUGGAGGAGAGACGAAACAACUCCUGAAGAACUAAGCAUUGUGUAUAUGUUUGCUACUGUACUUGAUAUCAGUGCUUUAUACAUGUCUCUUUAUACAGCUAAUGUUGCAUCUGUUACAAAAGCACUUAGACAGAUCAUCCUGUUUUUAUAACUAAUACAUUUACUGGAAUGUCGAACUAUGUGAAAACGUAAAAACAUUGCUGUAUUGCAAUUAUCCAACCCUACAAGCCCUUAUGGGUUUUCCCCUUCUUUACACUGUCAUCAGGAUGAGUUUGCAAGCUAAAGGUUGUAGCAUAUUUGCUGGCAGGAGUAACACUCAAUUUCCAAUUCCGCAAAUACACAUAGGGGAAAAUUCAGAAAAGAUUUUACAGGGUCUCCUGUCAUUUUUUUUAAAUAUUAUUUUUUUUUAGCAGUUUUUUAUAUAUGUAACUGGAUUUUAAUGUCUACCUGUAACUUUCUGUCAUGUACUGUAAGUUUGACAACUGUGUUUCAAUUGACGAUUUGCAUAAAAUUGAAAAACAUCACAGACACGCUGCGAAGGAAUCCGAAUUUGCAGCUCAUAAAAUAGCGAACUAUAAAGGAUUUCUACAUCAAUCCAGGCUCAGAUGCCUGACUCCCUGCGUGUUGUAAAUAAGAGCUUCAUCGGUAAACAGAUGGUUAAUUGAAAUCAGUGUUCAUGCAUUGUUGUAGAGUUCUGUUUUAGUGAACCAAAAUGAAAAAGUACAAUACAUGUUUGACUUUCUGUAUACUUUAUUGCUUGCUGUAUCGUGUCACCUACACUGUCAGUGAGAACCAUGCGGUCAUUGCUUCCAUUUCUAGUCGGCACCUUAUUGUACUGUAGAGUCAAGACACUGUUAGCCUGUAAUCAUUUUAUUUGACACAUACGUUAAUGGAUAAUCUUGGCUUUUCACUUCAGAAGAAUAAUUACCUUGUAGGAUGCUUCUCCCUGUAAACACGAGCUAACUCACUGUUAAAUGACCCUGUCAUUCUUGACACCAUGGAGUCAGUAGCGAUGUUGAAGCCUGGCCACAGAAAUUAAAAUGAUCACUGACGGCUAAAUCUCAAAUCUGCUUGUCUGUGUUCCUCAAUCACGUUAAGCCUCCUCCACAUUCUGGAAAGAGGGAGAUGCUCUUGAGAAGUACAGAGUUGUAGGGGCGUCGGUAGCUUAGUGGAUAAUACCAGCGCCCCAUGUAUAGAGGUGAUGCCUCGCUGCAGCGGUCGCGAGUUCGACUCCGUCUUGCAACUCUUUGCUGCAUGUCGUCCCCCUCUCUCUGUCUCCCCAUUUCA